AUGUCCUCGAAACAAUCCGCCUACGGCACCCCAACCUCCGACACAUUCGGCGGCAAAUCCUGGGACCGCGAAGAAUACGCCCAAAAGGCGAAAGAAGACGAAGCGAAGCGACGAGAAGAAGGCAAAGCGCGCUAUGAAGCCAAACUUCUCGGCAAAAAAUGGCAUGCGCCCGUCGAUUACGGUUCCCUUGAGGCGACCACCUCUCGCAGAGAGCGACUUGAUGUCGCAUCCAUGGUUGGCAAGACGACCAUUGUCUCUGCGGCGAAUGCGGUUGGCAAGCGCGGGCGCGGCGCUGGAUUUUACUGCUCGGACUGUGACUUGACUUUUAAAGAUAACCUGCAGCUCGUUGAGCAUUUGAAUAGCAAACAGCAUUUGAUUGCUACGGGGCAGAGCGGGGAGGUUACGCGGGCAACAGUGGAGGAUGUGAGGCAGCGGUUGAGGAUGCUUGCUCAUCAGAAACGGAUGAGGGAGGAGGAAGAGCGACGAGUCUGGCAGUUGGACCUGGGCGAGCGACUGAAGGAAAGGGAAGAACAGAUCUCAAAAGAACGGGAGGAGAAGAGGCGGAAGCGAAACGAGAAGCGUCGAAAAGGUGGAGAUAAUAUCAAGCAGGAAGACAGCUGGGAAGGCCGGCUGGGAAUUAUCGCCUAG